CCCCGGAUGUUGUUCGCUCUCUCAAUAUAAGAACGAACGUCCUCUUCAAAUGUAGUCUGAAAGCACUAUCAGACUUCCAUACUCUGAGAUAGCGAUUAGUAAAUUUUCAUCGGCCCAACUCGAAUAUGAAGUAUUGCCUUGUCGCCAUUACAGUGCUCUUCAGCCUUACCGAAUAUGCUGCUGCCCUUCCCGCAGAGACAAAACGAACCGUCGGUGGCAUCAAGAUCUGCACCGGCGAAUACUGGACUGGCACUUGCGGUUACAAAGUUCAACCUUUAAACAGCUGCAUCCAUCUUGAUGCUCCAUGGUAUCACACCAUAUCCUCUUUUGGACCCGAUCAAGGCACAACGUGCAACUGGUAUAGAGAUUAUAAUUGCAACGAUCAGAUCGCUUCGGGGAUUGUGUAUCCUGGGAUCGAUGAUAUGGACCACCCAGCUCCGGGUUGUCAAAAGAGGAGUGAAAACGGGCUUGAGAAGAGGUGCCAUGGUAAUCAGGUUGGCUCGUUCAAGUGUUGGGCUACCUAAGUAUAGCAGAGGUCUGUCAAGCCCAAAAUGUAGUAGAUAGUUUUUCGCAUAAGUUUCAAUGAUUCAUGUCUCAUUAUUAGUGUAGGAACG